AUGACAUCCAACAUUCACCCCGACUUUGAUAUACCCUGGUGCAAGAGCCUUCUACAAUCCGACAUUUCCAUUGUCGAAGUACCCUUUCAGCACCCAUCCCACAAUGACACACCCUUGAAAAAAGGGGUCUCCAACAGUAUGUUCAGACACACUCUCUAUACGGCCGACGCCAUCCGAGCCCAGAUCAAUUUCAAGCGACCUGCGACUGAAGCCGACUCCAUUACCCCGUGGGAAUACUGCUAUUUGAUGUCCCUAGGUUCCGGAAUUGACGGCAAGGCAGGUCGUGCGCACGGGGGAUUCAAUGCUUUGGUCUUGGAUCAGAUGACAGGCACCGUGGCGUCAAUGGUGUCGGGCAGUGCAGCACCGGCGACAGCGACCAUGACAGUGGACUAUAAAGCGCCGAUUGACACGCCGGGGGUUGUGCUGUGUCGCUCGUGGGCAGUCGAGCGACAGGGGAGGAAAACAUGGGUUAAGGCCAGGAUCGAGGACGGCCAGGGCAACCUUCUUGCAAGUGCAAAAUCGCUAUUUGUUGAUCCGCGACCGCAGAAAAUAUAG